AUGGAUACCAAGACACCUUCAGACGCUAUCAACACUAUGUAUGAGAUUGCUCAUAAGUUGGACGCAAAUCAACUGGCAUUCGACGGUGAUCAAGCUCUAUACUCUCAGGUUCUACAGCUGUCAAAGGUGUCAAAGCAGACCAAGCAACUGUCUAGUCAGUUCCUGUCAAAGUACUUUAAGCGAUUCCCAACGCUUCAGGGACAGGCACUUGAAUCAUUGAUCGACCUGAUCGAGGAGGAUGACAUCCCCAUCAGAAUCAACGCUAUCAAGGCCUUCCCUUCCAUCUGUCGUGACAACCCUGACUACAUUGCUAAAUUGGUCGAUAUCCUCGGUCAACUUCUCAACACUGACUCCCCGAUCGAGUACGAGACAGUAAAGAACUCACUGAUGGAGCUAUACAAGCUUGACUCGGCAACAACACUCAACUCUGUGCUGUUAUUCUUAGAGUCAUAUAGUAGUCAGAAGGACUUUAUGCUAAAGUUCCUCAAGGAACGUAUGCUCCCAUUGAUCAAAGUGGACUUUGGCAAGAAGACUGUUGAGGAGAAGACAUUCUUCAGAGAGAGGAUGCUCAAGCUGAUUACAGCCACGACUGACAAAGACUGUGACAUACUAUUUGAGCUCUUUGAAUCAUUCCCUGGUACCCAACUCAAGGAUGUCGUCGUCUAUCUUGACACAAUACUGCCAGUCUUCCAAACACAAAAGAUUGCAGACAUCAAGAAGAGAUUGUAUUAUUUAAUAAGACUGAUGAUUAGAAAGUCAUCAAAGGUAAACGAACCAACCAACUGCAAGAUAUAUGAGUAUUACUCAAAGACGAUAUUCCCAUCGUUUGGAGAGCUGGAUGAGGCCGACAAGAUCGAGUUCCUCACUCUCUUUGCACAGAUAUCCCGAAUCUGCAAUGCUACCGAUGCUCCAGCCCUGUUUGAGAUCGUAUUCAAUAAGAUCAUGGAGUUUAUACCAAAACCAGUGCCAGCAGACUAUGACUUUAAGCUGAAUAUCUUGGAGGCAUUGCUGUACUCAUUCUCCUAUCUUGGUGCCAAGACACCUGCACUACUCAGGAAGCACUGUGCAUAUAUCACCAACACUGGUCAACCAAGUGACAUGGCUGUCGAGUUGGUACCGGCAAACUUUGACAACUUUGUCUCGAGACUGCGAUCGGUCAAUGAGAAGGUCGGUGCCCUCGAGUCCAAGCUCAAGAAGGCUCGUGAGGUACUGCCAAAGACAGACCCACAGUUGGCCACAAUCGAGAAGACAUACAUUACGACACAGAAUCUACUGACCCUGGUCAGGAACCUCUCCAAGAACCCACCAGUUCUUCAACCUUCAAUGAACCUAUCGUUCAGUGUGGUCAAGAUAGACAAGCCAAACAAGCCACACAAGCAACAGCAGCAGCAUGUCCAGCAGCAACAUGUCCAGCAACCAAGACAACCACCACAACAAAAGGCACAAGUCCAGGUGGCCGCUGAUCAGCAAAACAAGGGAGGCAAGGCACAGAGUGAUGACACCAAGAAGAACAGGUACUCACCGUACGUGCCACCUAGCAUGAGGAGUGGCGGAGGAGCACGCAAGAGACAACUUGAUGAAGAAGCAGACGAUGGUGUUGUUCUACAGCUCUCAUCCAACAAGACAAAGAAGUUGUCCAAGUUCAAAGGAAGAGGAAACAAGAACUUCUAA